UACUAAUAUAGUCUGAAGAUGACUGACAUGGAGAAGGAAGGAACAAGUGAUAUCGCCCUUGAGGAAACGACAGCCCAGAGACAGGAGCCAAAGGAAGAGCAGAAAACAUUUACGGUGGCAGAAGCUGUGGAAACCAUCGGUUUUGGGAGAUUUCACAUUGCACUCUUUUUGAUCAUGGGCAGCACUGGUGUGGCAGAAGCCAUGGAGAUAAUGCUGAUAGCAGUGGUGGGUCCUGUCAUCCGUUGUGAAUGGCAACUUGAAAACUGGCAAGUGGCAUUAGUGACAACAAUGGUGUUUUUUGGCUAUAUGCUAGCCAGCGUCAUCUUUGGACUUUUAGCUGAUAGAUAUGGCCGUUGGAAGAUUUUGUUCAUCUCUUUCGUCUGGGGAGCAUAUUUCUCUUUGCUGACAUCGUUUUCCCCCUCAUACAUCUGGUUUGUCUUUCUCCGGACCAUGGUGGGAUGUGGUGUCUCUGGUCAUGCACAAGGGCUUAUAAUAAAAACUGAAUUUUUGCCUACAAAAUACCGGGGUUAUAUGUUACCAUUAUCACAGGUGUUUUGGUUGGCAGGCUCUUUACUAAUUAUUGGACUGGCAUCAGUGGUUAACCCAACCAUUGGAUGGCGGUGGCUAAUAAGAAUUGCCACUCUACCAGGCAUUGUUCUCCUCCUAGCAUUUAAGUUUAUCCCCGAGUCUGCUCGGUAUAAUGUAUCAUGUGGGAAUGAUAAAGCUGCCCUUGCAACACUGCAGUGGAUUGCUAAGAUGAACCAUUCCAUUAUGCCUGAAGGAAAGUUGGUGGAACCUGUUGAUGAAAGAAGGGGUAGAUUCAAAGACCUGCUGGAUCCCAAGUAUUUACGAACAUCUUUGCAAAUAUGGAUUAUAUGGCUUGGGAUAUCUUUUGCUUAUUACGGCAUCAUCCUGGCCAGUGCCGAAUUACUGGAGAAGAAUCUGGUUUGUGCCACGGGAGGAGGAGGAUCAGCUGGAGAGGAUGAGUUGGGUGAUUAUUCUGAGGAAAUCCGGAGCCCUUGUGUCUGUCAUCUCUUUGCCCCGUCUGACUACCAGAUCAUGAUCAUCAGCACAACUGGAGAGAUUGCGUUAAAUCCAUUAAACAUUCUGGGCAUCAAUUUUCUGGGAAGGCGACUGAGCCUGACAAUAACAAUGGGAUGUACUGCCGUGUUUUUCCUCCUCCUCAAUAUAUGUACUUCAACCAUGGGCCUCACUGGUUUUCUCUUUAUGCUGCGUGCUUUGGUCUCUGCAAAUUUCAAUACCAUCUACAUUUACACAGCAGAGGUGUAUCCAACUACAAUGAGAGCCCUGGGUCUUGGGACCAGUGGUUCCCUAUGCCGUAUUGGUGCUAUGGUGGCACCUUUUAUAGCACAAGUUCUCAUGAAUGCUUCUUUUUUGGGAGCGGUUUGCCUUUUUGCUUCAGUUUGUGUUGUGUGCGCCAUCUCUGCUUUCACUCUGCCUAUAGAGACGAAAGGGAGAGCACUUCAGCAAAUGAAAUGAUGUGCCAAAAGAGGAAAAACACAAGGAACCCUAUUAUAUUUCAUCCAUUUAAGCCCAUUUCUUAAAAGGGCUGAGAUUUUCUCCAUGUUUUUAAAAAUUGCAUGUCUUUACUACAUUUUAACAAACCUGAUUUGUUUCCAUUACCUCAAACAAAUGGAAAAUUCUACAUUGCACAAAUAA